GCCGAGGAGGAGGAGCCACAGUCUGUGUCAAGCCAGCAAAGCUUGGGGUCUCUCUCCCUGUGAACUCCGUCGCAAAGUCUCGCACUCAAGUCGAGGAGUGACUCUUUGCCCAAGAAGGGGCAACUUCUGUGUUGUUCUUUUGCCUCUUGAAAGACGUCUUUGUCUCUUGGAAACACGAGUGAUUGAGACACAAGUUUCGGUCUUUGAAAGAAUCGGCAACACGGAUGUGGUGACAGUGUUUACCAAGAAGCCGCUAAAAUAUUUUCGUGGGACCAGUGUCGGGCAGUCAUGUUUUCUACGUUCUUUAUAUUAUGUAUAGGCCUACUGGCUGUAACGCGACCAUCUGAGAGUCAGAGAGGCGGCCCCCGAGUUGUAACUCAACCAGGCCAUUUCGAGGCUGACGCAGGAACAUCUGUCACACUACCCUGUGACAUUAGAAAUGUUGGGCGCCGCUCGGUCUUCUGGUUCAAGGGCGACGCUCCCGACGGCCGCGAGCUCCUCAUGCAGAUGAAGAGCGUCAAGGGGAAGUUCACAGUGCCUCGGCAGUAUGAAGAAAGUAUCGCUUCGGGGAAACUUGGCACCGACGGGAGCAACCUCAUCAUUAAUAACCUGGAUGCCUCUGACGAGGACACCUACACCUGCAGCAUUGCUUGGGCGAGACAAGCCGUCACUCACACUCUCGCGGUCAGGGGUGCUGCACCUCUGGAACCAGCUCCCCAGGUUUACCUGACGACAGUUCCUAGCGAUGGCAAAUUGUCCGUAGGAGAGGGUCUGCCUGCCUCUCUCUCUUGCGUGGCGUCCGGCAGCAUUCCAGCGACGGUAACUUGGUAUAAAGAGGGUAACCCCGGCGUCAUUACUGUGGGCAAUGUCUUCAACUUGUUCGAGACCUCCCGAGAAGACACUGGCCGAUACAUGUGCUUAGCUGAUAAUGGAGUGUCUGAGCCAGUCUCUUUCUACUUCGACUUGGGUGUUGAGUACGUGGAAGUUCAGGCGACAACUACAGAAGUUGUUGCUUCAGGAGAAGACAUGAUGGCCCAGCUCUCUUGCUACGCGGCUGGAUUCCCUGCGCCUCAGAUCGCUUGGUAUUCUGCAUCUGGUCCAGUGGUGGAAGACGACCGCCACCACACUUUCUCCCAGGAUGACACCCACUUCUUACAAAUCACCCAGAUGACCUCGGCUGACCUCGGUGAAUACCAGUGCUACGGUUACAACGAGAAGUCGCGUGGCCACGCUACAAUUUCCGUGUCUGCAGCCCCUGGACCCGUGACUGUGCUGGGAGUGGCGCCGUCGCCGUCUGGCAACAACAGAUACACUGUCUCUUGGGAAGUGAACAGUCUGGCUCCGGUCAACUUCUAUUACGUCGCUCUGAAGGAGGGAAAUUCCGACGCCACUAGCAGUUCAAGUGUUGCUGGAUCUUCUGUUCCUUACGAUGGAAGGACUUUGUACCGAGCCAGCACCGAGUUUGACAUGACCCCAGGCGAGACUUACGAAAUCAUGAUCAAAGCGGUUGCGGAGGAGUAUCAGCCAGGCCCCGAUCAGAGAGAACCCUACGUCUUCCAUGUUCCGUAUGAGCAGUCCAGCUCUUACGGAUAUACAGAGACCAGACCCAGACCACAGUAUGCUGACAAGAUCAGCCAUGCUGACAAGAUCAGCCGAGAGAGCAUUGCCACCGCCGUGGAGCGUAUCGCCACCGACGAGCAGGACGCCUGGAAGUGGUGGAAAGUAGCCAUGACUGUGAUGUCCAAUUUACCUCGAGUAGCAAGGGUGAUGCAGUAAGACGUUGGUACUGCUUCGUCAGAGGGGCUGAAUAACAGCAUCAAGAUUCGUCCACUUUGAGGGUCAGAAGCUGCUGUGGCAUUUAUCAACUAGAAGUUAACUACGAACUGAAAACAAUGCAACUUAUAGACCAGUUUUAUAUUGUGAACGUGAAAGAUAUUGUGACAACAGAAGGGAAUCCAAAAUACCGACAUUUUCCCGUUAUCAUUUUCUGUCCUAAUUUUCACGGAGCUCCUUGAAGUAGCGGUAGUGGUGAUGGAAUGAUUCCUCUUUAUCCUAAGAAGCACUGACCCAUGUAGAUGAUUAUUUUGUUUCUCAGUUUUCGAUUUGCCAGCAAAUAGGAUCUGUUCAUCCUACCGUGCUGACAUUAAUGUGUCAGGCUUGUGUCUUAAAGUGAAAUUAGUGCAGCUGUUGGUAAACAAAGACAAUCGGAAUUUUCAAAUUCAGUUUGUCUAGAUACUGAUAAAAUGGCCACUAUCUAUUGUUAGAUUUUAGGAUUCACUGGCUUAAUUUAGAAAAAUACUACAUCGUUUUAUGUAGUUUUGGUCGAAAGUGGCCAUCUGGGUUAUGUAAUACAAUGUAGUAAGUCAAAUGGAACUUGAUUUAAGAUAAAAAUAUAAAUCACCAAA